UAACCUCCUGUUUGUGAGUGUAUGUCAGAGUGCGAAUCGAUCCGCGGCUACAACAGCACAAUUAACGGGAGCAGUUUUUCAUGUUAACAACAGCAGUAUUUGCAUUACGACCACACCUUCAUUGAGCGACGCUAAAAACUUGGAUAUAAGGUGAGCUAGUCCUACCCCUCCCUGGCAUCUUCUCCUCGUCUCUCUUCGUCCGCCUCAUCCCUCUCUUCCCCCGACAUUCUCCACCAUGGCACUCCUCCCCACCUCUCUUUCUGCCUCCGUCCCCUUCCUCCUCUUCCUCCUCCUCCCCCUUCCUYCACCCUGCGCCCUGGAGUCUCUACGAGGAGGAGGAGUAGGAGAGGAAGAGAACCGCUCCAUCUCCACCAUGUCCUAUCCCUCCAUGUCUCCGGAGUUCUGGAGCAACAGCAGCACGGGGCUGGGCGGCAGUUCAAAGUGUUCGCAGCCGGUGGUGUGCAGGCCGGGCACCCUGCUGCCCGUGUGGAAGCCCCUGAGCCCCGGGCUGGGCGACCAGGUGGCCAGGGCCGUGGUCUACUUCACCUGUCUCAUGUACAUGUUCCUGGGAGUGUCCAUCAUCGCAGACCGUUUCAUGGCCUCUAUCGAGGUCAUAACCUCACAGGAGAAGGAGGUGACCAUCACCAUGCCAAGCGGUGAGACAUCUGUGGCCACUGUACGUAUCUGGAACGAGACUGUGUCCAACUUGACUCUGAUGGCUCUAGGCUCCUCCGCCCCAGAGAUCCUGCUGUCUGUCAUCGAGGUGUGUGGGCAUGGGUUCGAGGCRGGUGAGCUGGGCCCGGGCACCAUCGUGGGCAGCGCCGCCUUCAACAUGUUUGUGAUCAUCGCCCUCUGUGUGUGGGUCAUCCCUGAAGGAGAGACCAGGAAGAUCAAACACCUGCGUGUGUUCUUCAUCACAGCCUUCUGGAGUAUCUUCGCCUAUAUCUGGCUCUUCCUCAUCCUCUCUGUCAUCUCACCCGGAGUAGUGGAGGUCGGCAUCAUCGAUGAUGACAUCUUCGAGGAGGAYGAGCACUUUUUCGUGCGGCUGCUCAACCUGCGCAUUGGUGACGCCGAGGGGAUGUUCGAAAGUGAUGAGCCAGGCGCGGGACCCAAGGGCCACCUGGUGGAGCCACUGGUCGCCACGGUGACCAUCCUGGACGACGACCAUGCUGGCAUCUUCACAUUCCGUGAUCGGCUGGUGCGCGUCAGCGAGAGCGUUGGCACCAUGGAGAUCUCAGUGGUGAGGAACUCGGGCGCCCGCGGCACGGUGAUCCUGCCCUAUCACACGGAGGCGGGCACUGCGAAGGGGGGCGGCGUGGACUACGAGGACACCCGGGGAGAGCUGGAGUUCUCCAACGACCAGACAACGUGA